AUGGACGGAAAGCGGUCCGGGCCGCUCAAUUAUGGCGACAUUGUGUCGCUUUUCCUCACGGAUGGCCCAGACUACAAUGGCUUCCUCAGCACCCUCGGCAACAUUGACAACCGUGUUGUUGUGCGGCCACAGGCCAUCGGCCGCACCAUCAAGGUGCCCAAGAAGUUCAGAGAUUGCCUGUUUCAGGUUGUGCCGAUGAACCGGUACAUGGCACAGAGCCAGUAUGACAAGGCCAAAGCCAAGCAGGUGCAGGACGCGAAGAGCAAAGGGCCCGCGUCCAACGUCGCCGACAUUGUGUAUCUCAAGCAGCUGCAGCAAGCGGCCGAGCUGGAGCGCGAGCAGAACAAGCAGGAGUGCAACAAGCUGCUCAAGACCCCCGUGCAGUAUGGCAACGUGAUCCAGCUGCUGCACCUGAAGAGCAACAAGUACCUGACCGUCAACAAGCGGAUGACAGGGAUCAUGGAGAAGAACGCCAUGCGCGUGAGCCUCGAGCUCACGGGCAACGAGGGCUCGUGGUUCUACGUGCACCCCUUCUACAAGCACCGCACCAUCAACGACUCUGUGUUCGUUGGUGAUAAGGUGUAUCUCAAGUCCGUCAACGCAGGCCAGCUCCUCCAUGCAAGCGAGAUGCGCCUGGCCGACAACCCAGGUUGCAUGGAGGUAAACGUGACGCAAUGCAGCGACAGCUGGAAGAUUCUCCUCUACAACGAGUACGAAGAGGACGCGUCGGAUCACCUCAAGGGUGGCGAUGUGGUCCGCAUGUUCCACGUGGAGGAGUCCAAGUACCUCACUGCGGACCACUACUCCACUCUGGAGGAGAAGAGCACCAGCUCGCGUGCCAGUAUUCACGUCUUUCUGCGCAACACAACCCGAAAUCACAAGCAAACUGCCGCAGCUUCGUCCAAAGCGCUGUGGGAGGUUGAGGUUGUCAGUGACAUGCUCACCUACGGUGGCUACGCGAGAUGGGACUCCUUCUACAGGCAACACUUGUCCACGGAGCAGUACCUCGCCGUUGUGAUUGACACAGAGGAUCUCGAUGACCCAAACCGCGUUCGCCUUAAGGGCAAACGUGGGCAGGUGUUCAAGCUGGUGACGACGCCCAAGCGCCACGACUACUCCACUGUCUUUGAGCUUGACUCGACACAGCCAACCCUCCCCGACGAGCGGGUGACGCGCGAUGCGUUUAUGCGACUGAAGCAUCUGCAGACUGGCACGUGGGUGCACGCCACCGCAACCUUCAUCGAUGCCAUGAUAGAUGGCGAGACAAACUCAAAGCCAACCAUGCUCAAGGUCGGCACGGCAGCGGAGCGAGAUGACCGGGAGGCGUUUGCCAUCAUCCCCGUCAACGAUUUGGAGAUUCGCGACCUGGACUUUUGUUCCGACACGCAGCGCGUGCUGUCCUACCACGCGCGGCGCAUCAAGGACGGCACCAUCAGCAGCAUUGAGAAGAAGCUCGAGACCAAGAUCCUCAAGGACCUCAUCUUCUUCCUCGUCGGCCAAGAGCCCUCCGAGCACGCGGAUCCGUUUGCGCUGUCCGGAAAACCAAACAAGGACCGCCAGAAACUCAUGCGUGAGCAGGACAUUCUCAAAGAGCUCUUCUACACCCUCAAGACGCCAUUCACGCCCAAGGCGUGCCCCGGUUGUGUCGGUGUGCUCAUCAACGACAUGGACAAGCUUGUGGAAGGGAAGUACAAGUGGAUCCGCGACAUCUGCCGCCUCUGCUACACGCUCAUCAAGCUCCUCGCCACCGACUACCGCAAGAACCAGGAGGUGAUUGCGAAGAACUUUGGCUUCAUGCAGCGUCAAAUUGGGUACGACCUGCUGGCCGAGGACACCAUCACGCAUCUCCUCAACAACAACCGCAAACUCAUGGAGAAGCACAUCACAGCAAAGGAGAUUGACAAUUUUCUCCACCUCGUCCGCGUCAAGCAGGACCCGCGGUUUAUCGAGUGCCUGUCCGACCUGUGCACAUCCAACGGCACCGCCAUCCCGGGCACGCAGGAGCUGAUUUGCAGCGCUGUGCUCGACACGCCCCGCAACGCCGACCUCUUCUUCUACACGCAGUUCAAGUACGGCGUGAUCACGGUCGACUGGAUCGAGAAGGGCAAGUCUGAGCACACGCUGCUUGUGGACCUGGCCAACCCGCCAGACGACCGCCACAAGCGCCUGCUGGAGAUGUACCGCGCACAGCUCGAUCUCUUUGCACAGAUGUGCAUGGACCGGCAGUACAUGGGCAUCAACAAAAUGCGCCACAAGCUGCCGAUUGAGCUGAUUCUGUCGUGCAUGAGCGACGUGAAGCUGCCUGAUGGCCUCCGCGCUUCCUUCUGCCGCCUCAUGCUGCAUCUUCACGUGGACGCAGAGCCGCAGGAGAACGUCACGCCCAUCAACUACGCCCGCCUGUGGAAGGACAUCCCAACGUCACUCAGCGUCAACUCAUACUCGUACCGCUCCGAUGUGCACGAGGCCAACAGCCUCCAGUUCAGAAGCACCAUGCAGUUUGUCACAGAGUAUCUCGAAACACUCAACAGGGACAAGAACGCCGCCUUCUCUGACCACGACCGCAACAAGUUGACGCUGGAGGUGAUCACCUUGGCGCGGUACAUGAUCUACUUUGGCUUCUACGACUUCAAGCAGCUCCUCAGCCUCGUCCACUGCCUGUUGGACAUUCUGGACGCGAGCACGGCCGACUUUCGCGAUUCCAUGGCCGAUAUGCCGGAGUCUGACCAGAAGAUUGUGCUGGACACGAUGCAGCAGAUGCUGCAGAUCCUCAACUUCUACAUGGACGUGCGGCUGGACUAUCGCCUCUCGCGCCUGCUGGUCAUCUUCAAGCACACCAUCGCCAUGAGUCGUGCCAAGCUCACCAAGUCGCCCAAGUCACGCAGGCGUGCCCGCGCAUCGUCGCGAGAUGCGGAGGCAAAGCUGUUCCUGCGGCGCGCCACGAAGAUCUUCAGCUCUGGCGGGGCGAGCACGCACUCGAGCGCCCCGUCGUCGGAUGAUGAGGGCGAGAAGGAGGUGGAGUUGGCAACGCUUGGUGCGAUGCCGGGUUCUGAGCAGACGGCGUUCCACAUUGAAGGGGAUCUGGACGAAGUCACCACCCGCACUUUCCUCCGCGUCCUGCUCAAUCUCGUCACCUGUGACAACAACGAUGUUGUGUCUGGUGCGCUGCGGCUGCUGUUCCGCAAUUUCAGCCAGCGUAGCGAGAUCACGACUGCCUUCCAGCAGGUGCAGCUGCUUGUCUCCGAGAAGGACGUUGACAUCUACAAGGCGACGCGCCAGUUCCUGGACAAGCUGCGCGUCAUGGUGGAGAAGAGUGAGCUGUGGGUGUACCAGAUUGGCGAUGAGCACACCACCGCCGUCAACACCGCAAUGCAAAACUUUGCACAGAUCAAGCGGGUGCUGAACCACGUGACGACGCUGUGUCUGCACGAGAACCGGGAGGUGCGAACCCACCACCAGCGGCUGCUGCGCAACCUUGAUGCGCACGGCGAAGUGCUGGCGCUGCUGCGUAUGCAGUGCGAUCGCGAGCACCCGGAGGUGGCGCAGGUGCACGAGGCAGCCUACUUUUUCCUGCAGAAGUUCUGCGAAGACAACAAGGAAAACCAAAGCGUGCUCAACAAGCAUGUACCGUUCUUCGUCGAUCAGAUCCGAGAUGGGGUGCCGCACGCUGUGGAGUCGCUGAUUGCCAUCUUCAAGGACAACACGGAUCUGUGCCGGAACGUGAACAAGGCGAUCAUCCAGUCGUUCAUCACCACCAUUGGCAGCCACCAGCGCAACAUCAACCACAUCCGCUUCCUCAAGGUGCUUGUGAAGCCCGAGGGCCAGCUCAUGCCCCACAUCCAGAACAUGAUCAUGGACUCGUUGUCAGCCAUCUCGGAGGACGUGCUGCAGUUCUACAACGAGGCAACGUCCUUCCUGCGGCUGCUGGACCUGAUGGCCAACGCCAGCGAUGACCUCCUUGACAACCGCGACGCGGCACCGGACGACGAGCUUGUGUACCAUCUCGAGCUCAUUGAGCUGCUGGGAUUCUGCACGGAGGGCCUCAACAUGCACACGGAGAUCAAGUCGCAGAGCCUGCUCCCCAUCGAUGAUGUCGUCAAGGUCGUUGUGCAUCCAGACACACCGCCGCAGGUGAAGAACUCGUACACGCAGUUCCUCAUUCACUGCUACCUUGAAACGGAAGCCGAGGUCAAGGAGCUUCACUUCAGCGCGGACAUGUGGCGGCUGCUGAAUGCAUUUGCGGAGGACGUGGAGAACUUCUGCUCCCCGGACUACGACCUGAGCAUGAAGGCCUUCAACGACUACAUCAUGGAGACGCUCACCAACGCCGUGCGCAUGUACUUCCGCAUUCUCUCCGACACGGACUACAUCCCCACCACGGCCGAGCGCAAGACGACCUUUGUUCGCCUCGUCACCGCCUUUUGCAACCUGGCGGCAACAACGGCCCAGGCGCGCCUGAUGAAUGUCAGCGUCAUCACUACGCUCGCUGCCCUCGUCAGUUACGCCCACGACCGCGGUGUUGCGCUGGGAGACAUUCUCGAGGCCCAGAUCAAGGACGUGAUGGAGUCGUGCAAGCGCGGGCCUGCGCAGAGCAUCAGCCGGUGGGUGCAGCGCGCCCGCCGCCGCAUUGAGCACAUGGAGACGCUGCCGGAACACGAAGCCGUCAACGCAACAAGCGACAGCCAGGAGGACAGCACGCACGGCAUGGCCAAGGCCAUUGUGGACCAUCUUGAGAAGCUUGUUGCCUACCUGGCGCGCUCGCUCUCCUCAGCCAGCCGCGUGGAGGUGUCGAUUCUUGUUGACAUCCUGCACCACCCGCACCGCCUGCGAGACAUGAACAUGGGCAUCUCGCAAGACCGCUUCCUGCGCCAACUCAUCCAGCACAUCAGGCGGCUGGAGAGCGAGGAGCCCGAGACGAUUGACCGCGAGUUGCGGCUGGAGGUGUUGAAGAUUCUUCGCCGGAUGAUGGUGCCGGAGCUGUUCACUGGUGACGAUCGCAACCUGCGCAUUGCGUUGCUUUCGCUCUUCUUUGACGAGGAUGUGUUGGCUGAUGCCGCGUUCCAUCUCCGCCCCACCGACACGCUCGAGAUUGACCCGGGACAGCAAAACCUGCUUGACAAGAAUGGCGCGUCGCUGCUCGUUGCCGAGCUGAUCAUGGCCUCGGACGAUUCGGGAACCUUCUACGAGGCGCUGCGUCUUGGCAUUGCGCUGCUUGAGGGCGGAAAUGCGCAGACGCAGGAGUCGUUCUACAAGUUCUUCAAGAGCACAGACAGCACGCCGUUCUUCCGCAAGAUCCAGGAGAAGAUGUCUCGCUCCAAGCUCGACCUGAAGCAGGAGGAGGACGUGAAGAAGGAGAAGGCAAACGACGAGUACGCAAACAUGGUGGCCAUUCUUCGCCUGCUGCAGCUGCUUUGCGAGAACCACAACAGCAAGUUGCAGAACUACCUUCGCUUCCAGACCAACAACAAGAUCUCGUACAACCUCAUCCUGGAGACGAUCAAGUAUCUCGACUACGGCAUUGCGCUCCUCAUCAACGACCAGAACGUCGGCAACGUCAUCCAGACACUGAACACGUUGACAGAGUAUUGCCAGGGCCCGUGCAUUGAGAACCAGAACACGGUCGCCUCCCACGAAAGCAACGGGCUCGACAUUGUCGUCAAGGAACUCCUUCUCCAUGACUUCCCCGAGCUGAGCAACACGAACAGCAACAGCAGCCGCCGCCGCAUGAAGGUUCGCCCGGAGCAGCUGCUUGAGCUGAAGAAGCAGGCGUCUGCGCUGCUGCUGUCGGUUAUGGAGAGCAGGCAGGAGGAAUCCCUCUCGCGGCGCAUCCUCUUCAACCUGGACAAGCAGCAACUGCUCAACACCAUCUACUCGCUCUACUCGGCCCUCGAUGACACGACGGACACGGGCGAGCGCGACAUCACGUGCGUUGCGCCGUGCGCGUGUCCGCACUGUCGCCGCGAUGUUGGUCACAGCAUCUACGUGCUUGCCGUCACCUUGGCCGAUCGCAACAAGGAGCUGGCGCACUUCCUGAAGAUGGAGGACUCUGAGCACCCGUUUGGGAUGCACGGCCACGCAGACUACCGGGAGAAAGUGAAGGAGGCCAUCACCUACUACGCGACAUACACAGAUUCAAUUGAGAUUUUUCGCAACGACCACUUGGAGAAGAUCUUCUUCCCCAUUCCGGGCAUCUGCCACUACCUGAGCGAGAACAGCAAGGAGGCCGUGUACCUGGAGACGGACGUCAACGAGCAGGGAUCAAAGGUUCCGGAGUUCUUCAUCAAGGUCAACAGCUUGUAUGAGGAGAUGAAGUGGCAGAAAAAGCUCAAGUCGCGACCGGGCCUGUACACGGCCACCGUCAACUACACCGUGUGGAAGACGCUGUCCUUCACCUUUGGCUUGCUCAUCAACGUGCUGGUUGGCACGUGCUUCCCGUUUGAGAAGGCGCACUUCUCUCCGACGUGGCUCACGCUGGCUGUCGUCUACCUUGCCACCAUCGCCUCCAUCUCCGUCUCCGUACUCAGCUUCAAGAUUUGGAAUGGCGGGCAUCGCAUCAACCCCACAAACAAAUGGGUUGCAGCACUCGAUGCGCGCUUCCCCCUGGCGGAGAUGCGUGUGGAAACCGUGCAAGCAUCGCUCGUCUGCCUUACGCUGAGUCUCGUCAUAUCCAACAUCAUCGAACCGUGUCUUUACUUGCUUGGCCUCGCUCAGCUGAUCAACUCUGGCGUGAUGCUGGUGAGCUACCUCGGCAACAACAUGAGCCGGUACACGGAAGCAGGCAGCACGGACGAAGACGACGAGGACGACAACGACGAGACGCACCAAGUGUCCACGAAGAAGAUGUACUCCGAUCGGGGCUUUGUGUAUCAUGUUGGCUACCUCUGCAUCUGCCUCCUCGGUGUCACCUGGGAUCUCCUCCCCUUUGACGACGUCUCCUUUGGCUCCUUCUGGUUCAGCUUGCUGCUGAUGGACAUUGUGUUCUACAACUCGACGCUGUGGAACGUCAUCCAAUCUGUCACGCGCAACGGCCGGUCUAUGGCCCUGACAUCCAUGUUUGCACUGAUUCUCGUCUACAUCUUCUCCAUCAUCGGCUACAUGUACUUCAAGGACGACUUUAUCAACUACGUCGAUGAGCCGAUGGAGGAGCUGUCGGAUUCCGUUGAGGACGACAAGGACCGCGAGCGCGCGUGCGAGACUCUGUUGUCCUGCAUCAUCGUGACCCUGAACCAGGGUCUUCGCAACGGCGGUGGUGUUGGCGAUGUGCUGCGCCGCCCGAGCCAGCAUGACGGGCACUACGGACCACGCGUCCUGUACGACCUGACGUUCUUCUUCCUCAUGAUUGUCAUUGUCCUCAACCUGAUUCUCGGUAUCAUUAUCGAUACGUUCGCCGACUUGCGUAAGGAGAAGCAGGAGAAGGACGACACGCGACGCAACACGUGUUUCAUUUGCGGUCUUGAACGCCAGAAGUUUGAUGCUGUUGGUCUCUCCUUUGACGAGCACUGUCGCUUCGAGCACCACCUCUGGUCCUACCUCAACUUUAUCGUCCUCUUGAGGACCAAAGACGAGACUGACUUUACUGGCCCCGAAAGUUAUGUCAGCGGCUUGCUGGAGGAUGAUGCCAACCCAGACUUUAGCUGGUUCCCGCGCCUCCAGGCCCUCAGCCUCACCACCAAGCAGGACACGGGCGAGGAUGACUCAUCGUUGAUCCGUCACAUGAACGAGCGUCUGGCUGCCAACAACGCCAUGAUCCAGGGCCUCACUGCUCAGCUCAGCGAACUCAGCGCCGUUGCACUGCAGCAACGACGGCGAGCGAAUCGCGCCGUUUUGCAGGAGCGCGCCUGA